CCCAGGAGGUUGUCGGGAUAAAAAGUUUGCGGUGGCGGCCAGAGCAAAGUUUGGAGAGGGGACAUUAUUGUAAACGUUCAUCCGUGAGAGUAUGACCGACGCAGAAGCGCAGAGCGCCCCACCGUCGGCUCCGGUGGAAGAACAGCCACAGCCGGAGAGAAAAAUUAUAGCCACCGCAGUCCAAGGCACCGUGAAGUGGUUCAACGUGCGCAAUGGAUAUGGCUUUAUCAACAGAAACGACACCAAAGAGGAUGUCUUUGUUCAUCAGACUGCCAUCAAGAAGAACAACCCCAGGAAGUUCCUUCGCAGUGUUGGGGAUGGGGAGGUGGUAGAGUUUGACGUGGUCGAGGCCGCCAAGGUAGGCAAACCUCUCUCUCUCUCCCCCUCUCAGGGCUCGGAGGCAGCCAACGUGACGGGGCCUGGUGGCGUUCCCGUCAAAGGCAGUCGGUACGCGCCCAACAAACGCCGCUUCCGCCGCCGUUUGUCCCCUCGCAGCCCCAGGCCCGGUGACGAGAAGGGCGACGGCACCGCAGGCCCCACCUCGGAGGGUGGAGGAGAGCACGACGGAGAGCGGCCCGCACCGCGACGGCGCAGGCCCCGCCGACCUAGACAGGAAGGGCAAGAGGGCGAGCCAGGGGAACAGGAGGGAGGAGGAGAAGGCGACCAGCAGAGGCCUCCAUCGCGCAGGUUUAGGACCCAGUACCGCAGGCCAUUCCGUCCUCGCCCACCUCCCGGGGAGGUUCAGGCGGGUGCUGCCACCUCAGAGGGCCAGGCAGCAGAAGGGCAGGAGGUGGUGAAGGAGGGCCAGCAGACAAACAGGGAGCAGGCCAACGAAGACAGCCAAAAGCCCCGCCGACAGUUCAGCCGCCGCAGGCAGAGGAACUCGGAGUCUAACACUGUCUCUAAAGAUGGGACAGAGAAGCCCGAAAAGCCAGAUAAGCUAGCCUCGGAACCUAGCACUCCCCUUCAGACAGCCAAGCCAGCCGAUGUCAAGGCCUCCCCCAAGUCCUCCCCUAAAGGCUCCCCCAAAAUGUCCCCCAAGUCCUCCCCCAAAUCACCAGAGCCACCUGCCACGACAGUUCCCGCAGCCACAGAAUGAUGGGACUGUAACGUGACCCCAGACAAGAGGUGGGACCCCACUCUAAACUGGCGCAGCCUUUGAGGGUUUGGGUGGAGGGUUGUGCUUCUUGCAUUACUACAAAAACUGCGACGCAGCUAUCUCGUUGCUGUUGUCACUAGUAUGUGAUAUUUAGUUAGUUUUUCAACAUAUGGUUUUUCAGAGGAAGUGCAUGAGUCUUCUGAAGGAUGGUCAGCACCUGCGGUCCAAAUGGGUAACCGGGUGUUAAAGAUGCUUUUCCUAAUGACUUUAUAUUUUUGGGGACGUUCUUGUGUUCAAUGAAAGCCCACCUAUAUUGCAGUUGUAAAUUGGUCGCCAAUUGAAGGCUCAAACCCUGUGGGACCCACUGCCUGUUAGAAGUCUUACGUCUUGCCAUUAAUUUUCUUCUACUGGUUUAAGUGUUAAUGUCUGUCUCUCCCCCUUGUCUUCUCUGUCGGUCUUUGCCCCUGCCUGUCUUUUUUUUCACCUACCUGCCUUUCUCCCCUUCCCUGCCCAUCUGUCUCUCUCCCCCUGUCGCUCUCUUUAGGUCCUAGGGAGGGUUAGCUGGGGGACCGAGCCCAUCUCACCACACCCACCACUGUGCACUACUCUCCAAUCCCCCCAUCCCACCUUACCGACCCCCCCCCCCCCCCCCCCCCCCCCCCCCCCGACUUGUCUAGCUAGACACUGCAUAUGGGGGAAGCAAGGGAUGGGAGGGAGUUGCGUGUCUAUUCAUACAUGUUAAAAUACACCUAGAAAGAUCUAGAGGAAAGAAAGUAUUUAAAAGCCUGCUUGGAUGCCCAGUUAUUCCACAAACCCCCAGCUAGUUUACUUUAAUUGACUGAGAAUGGGCAUGAGCAGUAGAGGACCCAGCCGCUAUUUAAGUUCGAUGAUGAAAAAGCGAAGCGUGUGUGAGGGUAGUGGUCCAGGAGUUGCGACGAGAACCUUGCCACCCCCCUAGUUUCUAACAUGCUGCAGCCCACACCCUAUUUGGAAAAUCAAGGCUGGGGGUUGGUUUAAAAAGUCAUUUUUGUUCUACUUAUUUUUGUAUGUGCUUUUCUUUUGGAGGGGAUUAUGUGCAAUGUCAGUAUAUAAAUGUCGAUAAAAUGUUUGCAAAAACCA